AUGGUACUUUCGGAUCCAGCCACUAUGGAAAUGAACGAGAGCCUGGCACUUGUUUUGGCCCCUAUAUCACUUGAACACUCAAUUCUGAGUGCUCUCUGUUCCAUGCCGGACGUGCCAGAUACUCUUUCAGGUUACACUUUCCUCGAUGUCCGUCGCAGCCUAAAGACUGGCAAAUGGGAUGAUCUUUAUAGUAAGAUCAUUCGGUUUGAUGAAUUCGACUUUCUGUACCUGCUCCUCUUUGACAUCUACAAGUGCAGACCUGAUUCGUUGAUUUCAGUUGGGAAUCUUUGCGGGGGCCGAAUGCGACUGAUUCGUCUUUGGAAAAAGUGGUUCACAGAGAACGGGGCUCCUGACGAACAUGGCAGUGAGACAUCAUCACAAACGCUGUUCACCAAAAUCGUUUGGGCAGGUCCUAAUUUUGAUGUUGGAUUUUUGGUCUCAGCAACCGAAAGUGGGCCCGAUAAACAAGCUGGAUCAGGGCCAAGUUCGCAUGUCAUAACAAGACCAGGCGCUGAUACUAAAUUCUACCGCGUCAAGAUUGAGAAAAUGCUAGUACAAGAUCAUUAUCUCUUAGGGCUGCUAGAAGGCUUCAAUCCCAGCGAUAGAUGA